AGUCUCCCCUCAUGCACAUAAUUAUUUAAUUUCAAAUUGUAUUUUAUCAUAAGCAUAUUUAAUUUGUCAACUUCUUUUUCUUUAAAGCAUAAGGAGUUACAACUUAAUAUGAGCAAUAGCAAAUCAUAAGUUGUAUUACUACAAAGCUACAGCAUCAUUCAUUGGCAUUCCUAAGCAAUAUUCUACUUUGAUCUACUUGAAGAAUCUCAAGAUCAGAGUGCAUUCAUAUAUAAAUUUUGAAGGUAUGAGCAACGCGGAAAGCGGAUCAGACAGGAGGAGGGAGAUAGAGGAAGAGGCGCGAGCGUUUGAGGAAGAGGAUCUCAAGAGGGUCCAGCCAUGGCAGAAGCAGAUAACUCUUCGCGGGGUGAUGGCCAGCGUCCUUAUCGGCUCCAUCUUCAGUGUUAUUGCCAUGAAACUCAACCUCACAACUGGGAUCACUCCAAACCUCAAUGUCUCAGCAGCUCUUCUUGCUUUCAUCUUCAUCAGGGGAUGGACUAAACUCAUCCACAGAUUCGGAUUCGUUUCUGCGCCUUUCACUAAGCAGGAGAACACCAUGAUACAGACAUGUAUUGUUGCAUGCUACAGCAUUUCAGUUGGAGGAGGGUUUGGAUCUUAUCUGUUGGGGAUGAACAGGAAGACAUUUGAGCUCUCUGGUGGAACCACCACAGUUGGAAACACUCCCAACAGCAUCAAGGAGCCCGGGAUAGGCUGGAUGACCGGUUUCUUGUUUUUAGUCUGUUUCAUCGGGCUUUUCGUGCUGAUUCCUCUUCGAAAAAUCUUGAUUAUUGAUUACAAGUUGACCUUCCCGAGUGGCAUGGCAACUGCAGUGCUCAUCAAUGGAUUCCAUAACAGAGGUGACAAAAUGGCCAAGAAGCAAGUGAAGGGAUUCCUCAAGUCCUUCUCUUUCAGCUUCUUGUGGGGUUUCUUUCAAUGGUUUUACACUGCAACAGUGGAGUGUGGCUUCUCCCAGUUCCCGACCUUCGGACUUCAAGCAUGGAAGCAAUCAUUUUACUUUGAUUUCAGCUUGACUUAUGUUGGGACUGGAAUGAUAUGUCCCCACAUUGUAAACAUAUCAUUGCUUCUUGGAGCUGUGCUUUCCUAUGGCAUGAUGUGGCCACUUCUACACAAGCUUAGAGGAGACUGGUUUCCUUCUGAAAUACCCGAAUCCAGUAUGAAGAGCCUAAACGGUUAUAAGGUUUUCAUCUCCAUAGCCCUCCUUUUAGGCGACGGCCUCUACAAUUUCGCGAAGAUCCUAUACAUCACAGUAAUGAACUUCACCACAAAGCUAAGCAGAAGAAAACUGGAUCCGGCCGUGGACAACGCUCUCAGCGAUCCACGAAAGGAUGAGGUUUUCAUGCGAGACACCAUUCCCCUAUGGGUAGCCGCUCUCGGCUAUGUAGUACUAGCUCUAACUUCCGUUGUCGCGAUUCCCUUCAUAAUCCCCGAGCUGAAAUGGUACUUUGUCGUGCUGGCGUACGUCUUCGCGCCAUCACUAGCCUUCUGCAACGCGUACGGAGCAGGGCUGACAGACAUAAACAUGUCCUACAACUACGGCAAAGUAGGGCUAUUCACCAUCGCCGCGCUCUCAGGGAAAGAGCACGGCGUGGUGGCAGCGCUGGCCGCGUGCGGAAUAUUCAAAUCCAUCGUGAAUGUUUCAUGCAUACUAAUGCAGGACUUCAAAACAGGGCACCUCACCCUGACCUCGCCCCGGGCAAUGCUGCUGAGCCAGGCCAUUGGGACGGGGCUCGGCUGCAUAGUUUCGCCGUUAAGCUUCUUCCUGUUCUACAAGGCCUUCGACAUAGGCAACCCGGACGGGGAGUUCAAGGCGCCGUACGCCAUCAUAUAUCGAAACCUGGCUAUAAUAGGAGUGCAGGGCUUCUCGGCCCUGCCGCAGCACUGCCUGCAGCUGUGCUACGGCUUCUUUGCGUUUGCGAUCGCGGUGAACUUGGUGACGGAUGUGUUGCCGAGGAGGGUGGGGAAGUGGAUGCCGCUGCCGACGGCGAUGGCGGUGCCGUUUUUGAUCGGAGGGUAUUUUGCUAUUGACAUGUGUGUGGGGAGUCUUGUGGUUUAUCUGUGGCAUAGGUUUAAUCCAAGGAAGGCGGACCUGAUGGUGCCGGCGGUGGCUUCGGGUUUUAUAUGUGGGGAAGGGAUUUGGUCGCUGCCUGCGUCGGUUUUGGCUCUGGCUAAAGUGACUCCACCGAUUUGCAUGAAGUUCUUGCCUGCCUAAUUAUUACACCCACUUCACAAAGCAGAUCUUGCUAACUUUUGUUUGUAAAAGUUUAUGGAAAUAAAAAAAGGAAUUGGGAUA